AAAACAUUAUGGGGCGGUUCUUCGAGUGGGCUGUCUCGGUCCCUGUACUGUCUCUGAUACUAGCUAGCACGUCAUUGUAGCUGAGAACAGCUAGCUAGCAAACGUUAGCUAUCAAAACAACCCCAAACCCUGGGGCUGCAUUUAACAAAAUAUGCAAAAGUAUGAAAAGCUUGAGAAGAUUGGAGAGGGUACAUAUGGAACGGUUUUCAAAGCAAAAAAUAGGGAGACGCAUGAAAUCGUGGCUUUGAAAAGAGUUAGAUUGGAUGACGACGAUGAGGGCGUCCCAAGUUCUGCCCUGCGAGAAAUUUGCCUCCUAAAAGAACUGAAGCAUAAAAAUAUUGUGAGGUUGCAUGAUGUUCUGCACAGUGACAAGAAGUUAACAUUGGUGUUUGAAUUUUGUGAUCAGGAUCUAAAGAAAUAUUUUGACAGCUGCAAUGGAGACCUCGACCCAGAAACUGUCAAGUCGUUUAUGUACCAACUUUUGAAGGGGCUUGCCUUCUGUCACAGUCGGAAUGUUCUCCACAGAGACCUGAAGCCACAGAAUCUCCUUAUCAACAGGAAUGGAGAAUUGAAGCUGGCUGACUUUGGUUUGGCUCGAGCGUUUGGAAUUCCAGUGAGAUGUUACUCAGCAGAGGUUGUGACAUUGUGGUACAGGCCCCCAGAUGUGCUCUUCGGUGCUAAGCUUUAUUCUACCUCCAUUGACAUGUGGUCUGCCGGAUGCAUUUUUGCAGAGUUGGCAAAUGCUGGAAGGCCUCUUUUCCCAGGUAAUGAUGUUGAUGACCAGCUGAAGAGGAUCUUCAGAUUAUUGGGUACACCAACUGAAGAGCAAUGGCAGACAAUGACGAAGCUUCCAGAUUACAAGCCGUAUCCAAUGUAUCCAGCCACGACGUCCCUGGUGAAUGUUGUACCUAAACUCAGUAGCACAGGACGGGAUCUGCUGCAGAAUCUGCUGAAGUGUAAUCCUAUUCAGAGGAUUUCUGCAGAGGAGGCAUUGCAGCACCCCUACUUCGCCGAUUUCUGCCCACCGUAGACAAGAUGCCAAAACGCACUCAAAUGAACCUCAGCUAUCGAAAUCAAUCCUCUUUCACUUUAUCUUCUCAAUAAGACCCGUCAAAUUCCCUGCAAGGCUCAUCUUCCAGCACCAAAUGUUUUAACAAAGAGACUUACCUAUAGGAUAUCAUGUUGUGCCUCCUACUUGGUUUAAGUCUAUGUUAGCUCUGCAAGGUUGUAGAUUAUGUUAGCAAGCCUGUCUGUGAAGUGCAUUAGGCAUACAUUGAAACAUGUAGCAACGAACAAAUUUGGAUCCGGAGAAACAGUGUAUCCUUCUGAAUCAAUAUCUGCAGUGUAGUAGGCGGUUUUUACAGUUGAAGUAGCAUGCUGUGUAAUAUACUGGCAAAACUAGGUAUUUGAAAACAUUGUUCAAAUAGUUUUGAUGCGCUGCUGCUCUUAAAGAACCACUCCAGUCACAUGAUCACCUGAUUGAAAUUGCCAAACUCUUUUAGAAACAGUUUUCAAAAUGUAUUCUCACCUUGUCUCUCACUUAUCACCACCAAUCACGAUCAGAGUGAGGAUCAGGUUGUUUCAAACACCAAGAAUCAAUCCUCUUAUUCUGUCUUCUAAAUCAAUGACUGCUUUGCAAGCUGUGACUUUUCAGCUGGAAAGAGAUUGCAAGUGGAUGAUCAUGACGGGAGUGGCUCUUCAGCUAGUAAAUAUUGCAUGAAUAGGUCAUGAUAAGAUAGAAGACUUUCAUAUCUUCCUUGUCAACUAUUUUCCACUCACUUUAAUAGAUUGUACAACAGAGGGAGGUUUAUUUAUAUUCAUCAGUUACUUCUCAGGCUUUCUAUUUAGAUUUUUAUAUACUUUUGUGAACUUUGUAAAUGACAGUUGCUUUUAUAGUUUAGAUAUCAUCCGCUCUUUCAAGUAUAGUUGAACACUGAAAGUUGGGGUAUUGUCAAACCUGGGGCCAAUAGAUGAGCAAUAUGAAUAGUGGACAAUACUUACUUGUCGUUGCGUUUUAGUAAAUUUUUUUGUUUAAUUUAGGAACUUUCUACCAUUUUAUCAGUGACCUGAUGUCUUACAGCUUAGUGAAAGUGAAGUGAGGGAGGAAGCCCAUUCAUACCCGGUAUUACAACAUCAUCAUUGUUUUGCACCAUUUUGACUUUGGCUGUGUUUAAUCAAAGAGGUAACUUAGGCCAAGAACUAACUAGGUGUGCAGUUUUAUUUCACUGCAACCUUAACUCACAAAAGCCAAUAUUGUAAGUCAUCUUUGAAAUCUACUACCAAAAUAUUGGUUUUCGUCAAUAGGGGAAAUUAUUUUCAUUUUGAUGGAGAAAAUAUAGAAUGCAUGUAUUUAUUGAUAAUUUGAAUGUCUGCUUAUGUGUGUAUUUAGUCUUUUAUACAACACAAAUUACUUUUCAUGAGUUGAAGAUGCUCCAUCUAUAAAAAUAAUGUGUGACUUAAUGCAUGGCAUUUGCAUGGCUCUGUAUAUUAUGCAUUAUACAUUGACAGUUUGUAUGUUUGGAUUCUAAGUACAGAAUAUCUGGGGAGAUUACAAGAUUCAUGCAAAUUUGGUGCUUACGUUAGAGCAGACUGCUAUAUAUUAUUAGUUGAAAUCUGAUGAUGUUCAUUUUUAGUUUGAAGAGUGAACUUUGCACUUUCCUAUUAUUGUUGUUUUAUUGUAGGACUUUGGUCAUGUACAAUUUUUGUCAGUCAGUGGUUUGAAACAAAAGUUCUAUAUUCAAUAAAGUUGACUCAAAAUGU